AUGCUAACAAGCAGUGUAGUGGCCACGUACCGGCGUCCCGGGACCCGACCCCGCGGAGGAGCCUCCGGCCGGGAUACGGAGCGCAGACAGCCGCUCAAACCGACCAAAGAGCCGCAGAGACGGUUAGCUUCAGACCUGCUGAUCCCAGCACGGAGCAGCCAUCUUCAGCUACAGCAGGGCCCGCCCACCGCGUGUGUGUCAGUGCGUGACUUCAGGGUGUCCAUUCGGAGGACGGAGGCGUCUGAUCGCUGCAGGCUGAAGGGGGACGGCGUCCUGCGAGCUGACAUGGACGCUCUGCACCUGCUGGACAAGGGAGGGGACAUCGUGUACACCUGGCCGUACAGAUACCUGCGGCGCUUUGGACGCGACAAGGCCACUUUCUCCUUCGAGGCGGGUCGGCGCUGCGACUCCGGCGAAGGGAACUUUGAGUUCGACACCAAACAGGGGAACGUCCUUUUCCAGGCCGUGGAAGCCGCCAUCAACCUGCAGAAGGUCGCCCCUCCCCACAGACAGACCUCCGGGGGGGGCCAGGCGAGUCCAGACACCACCCAGAGCUUCAGCUUGCCCCCCCCACCGCACCUGCCGCUGGCCCAGAGCAGGACGCUGCCUCAGCCCCGCAGCCAGAUGCCCCCGGCCGCUCAGGCAGCGGACGACGUGUACAGCAUGGUGAGCGAGCCGCCGAACCUCCAGAUGAUUCAUCACAUCGACAAAGAGAGCUGCAACGCCUCACAGCAGCAGCAGCAGCGCCCCCAGAUGUGUCGUCUCGAGCCUCCGGUGGACAAAACUCUGACCGGAGUGAAGAGUUUGAACCUGGACUCUCGCCUCCCCGCCCCUCGCAAGAAUCAGGUCAAGAUGAUCUCCAGCUGCCCCCUGCCCAACGCCAGCCCCGACUCCAGCCCUAAUCUCAACACCGGCCCCGCCCCCGGCUCGGUCCCCAACCCCCGCCUCAGCCCCAAGCCGAGCGCCAAGCCGGAGCAGACGUACUCGCAGAUCACCAUGUCGACCGAGAGAGGCACCAAGAGGGAGAAGAGGAGCGCCAACGUGGCGGCGCCCUGCACCGGCAGCGAGGCAGACUACUCGCUGCCCUUCGACACCAUCGCCAAGAACGUCAUGACCGACAUCCUGAAGUCUCACCGUACAGACAGCGGCCAUGCGGGCGCCGACCCGCUGUACGACAGCAUUGACGAGAUGAAGAUCAGGAACGUCUUCAGGAGCGAUGGUGACGCCGUCAAGACGUUGGACCACAUCUAUGACGAGCCCGAAGGCUGCGCCGCCGCCGCCAAAGGACAGAAAUCCACCCCCUCCACCUCGGUGUACGACGACCCCGAGGAGAUGAGAGGAGAUGCCUGGAGGAUUAUGGGUACAGCUGCUGACCCCAAAGGUCACGAGUACCCGUAUAACCCCCGAGUCGAUGACUACGCCGUGCCCAAACAAGCCCAGAGGGCGUUCCCCAAAUCACAAAGCAGCAACGAAGAAGAAGAAGAAGAAGAAGAAGAAGCGGACGAGGAGAGUGAGGAGCCUGGGUUAAGGGAGGAGCUUAGAGAGCAGCACCAGGAUUCGCCGUACAACAACGUGAUGGUGAAAAUGGCGUAGAAGAGACCCGAGCGACGAAGUUAGUUUUACAGAAUUAUUUAUAAGUUGUAACUUUGAGUUUGGUUGAUCAUGUGACCGAUGUCGCCUUCAGGCACUUUGUAAAGUUUAACUCUGAGCGAGCCGGCGCUGUCGGCGCCACCUGCUGGUUCUUACUUGCUUUCUCCAGUUUUGUUGCUUUUACCUUGAAUGUGGGCGCUGCUGUGAUGAUGUUACGUGUCGUAUGUUCAUGUGAACACGUGCAGCUGUGAGGACAAUAAAGUCGAACUGUAGCAUCCGU